AUGCCACUCUGUCUCACCUUCAUCGUCUUGAAGAAGGCCUUCGACUCAGUUGACACGGAAACGGUCAUGGAAGCCUUGGACAACCAAUGCGUCCCUACUCAGUACAUAAAGAGAGAGGUCCAACAAGGGGAUACAAUCUCACCUAAAAUAUUCACAACCACCCUCGAGAAUGCAAUGCGAAAGUUGGAAUGGGACGACAUGGGAGUGAAGGCUGAUGGGCUCAUCAGUGAACGAAUGCUGACCGAACUCGACGAAACAUGUGGAUGCAUUUGUCUUCAGCUGAAUCUGCAAAACACGAUGUUCAUGCGUAACGGAUGGGUUUCAGAUGACCGCUCAACGGAACGAACAUAUCAGAAUUCACCAGCCAAGAGCAUCAAGGAUAUAGCAAAGGAGACCAAGAACACAAGGCUCCACCUCACCUCUUCAACACCACCAUACUUCCUGCUUUGA